AUGGAGGAGGUCUACCAGGGCUGCGUGGAUAUUCUUCAGCUUGAUGAGUUCACAACGCGCCUGCGCGACAUCGUGCAGAGAGCCUUCAGCAAGGCCAAAAGCAUGGGCAACACCGCUGACGACGGCCAGGAAAGCUCUGACUACGUUGAGCUCUUGGAGUUCCGCCUGAUGCUGUGCUACAUCUACGACUACUUCGAGCUCACCGUCAUGUUCGACGAGAUUGACACCUCCGGCAAUAUGCUGGUGAGCGCGAAAGAGUUCAAGGCUGCCCUGCCGAGAAUUGGUGAGUGGGGCGUUGCCAUCGAGGAUCCAGACAAAAUAUUCAAGGAGAUCGACACGAACAGCACUGGGCAGGUGACAUUUGACGAAUUCGCUGCGUGGGCCACUGGAUGCAAGCUGAACACUAAGGGUGACCCAGGCAACAGAAAGAAAUAG